UCAGAAGAGUAAUUGAUCCUUCCACAAGCUCUAAACAAGCCAGCUCAUGAGUUUAGCUUGACAAGCCACCGAGUCAAGCUAGCUCACGAGCUUAUGAAGCUUAGCAUGGUCUAGCUCAAACUUGGCUCAUUUAUUAACGAGUCAGCUCGCGAGCCGAGCGUCGAACAAGUUUUUUUCAAGGUCUGGCCGUAACUUUUCCCUGCUCUCUGCUCGAUCGCUCCAAAACGUCCCAAAACUCGCUCAUUUACACUCAUUCACGUACUAGGACCAGAAACAUCAAUAACCAACACAACCUAGCGUAAAAUAGGCCACGAGAGCGAGAAAGCGUGCUCAAACGAUCAAGAAAUGACGUGAAAAACAUGACCAAAUAUGGUGUUAUCAUGUCUCCUCCCUCUAUUUCCCGUCGGCGUCUCCUCCCUAUACCUGCCAUUGUCGUUAAGCGUGCCGUCGAACCCACCAGUCUGCUGGCCUAAUGCACAAGCCCACUAGCCUGAACAAAACGGGUAUGUUCGGGAAAAUCGUUUUGAAUCGAGAGUUUUUCAAUUUUGGAAGGAGUACAAAACCUCAUUACGACUCGAAAUCGAAAGCAAGAAUGUGCCUUGUGCGAUUCGGGUAUGUUCGAGUAUGGUUCAGGUUCAACCGAAUCGACUGAAUGCCACCCCUACUCUUGUAUGUUUCUUGUUUAAAUUGGUUAAAUUGAAGAAUAUAGAAAUACAUAUUGGAAAUGACGGGAGGGUUAUUCAAGAAAGAAACAAAGAGUUGAAUGUAAUUCAGAGGACAUCCAAACCAAACACUAAUUUCCCCCCUCAAUUCUCUCAUCACUCUUUCGUUUCUUUUCCCUUUGUUAGCAAGAUUAUGCUAGUUUUUUAUUGUUCUAUAGAUGUGAAGGAGUGAGAGAUUAAUGAUUUGCAUAUUAUUAUUUAUUAUACUUUGUCUUAUGAAUCAAUGGAUAUUCUAGAAUUGGAUGCUUUUAUAUUGAAAAUGGUUGUAUCUUUGUUGAUUUCAUGGUUUAUUAGGUUCAUUUAGUGCUAUAAUUGAAGAUCUACCUGUUGAAUUUUAGGUAAUAACAUUGAAUAUAAUGGGCGGAUAUUAGUCAUGGCUACCCAAAAACUAUGGGUAUAGGGAUUGGGUUGCAAAACCUCCACUCGCAUGUGUAUGGAGUGGCUAUGGGUAUAGUCAUUUGAAAAUAGGGACAAUUUAGAAAAACCCGCCUCAAUUUUGCCUCCAUCCCUAAUCACAUAGCCAUCACCACAUGCGUGAACCUAAAACAUGGUAAAGCAUGCUUUGAUCCCACUCUCUCGACAUAUUAAUAACACAAAAUACGGUGUUAUCUAACCACUAUCCUAGAGGAAUCUGUGUGCUAAAUAACCAUAUCUAGGCCAUAUUAUAAUCUAGUUUAUGCUAAUAUAUGUUCAUAUUCAUCAAUCAUUAGUGUUUGAGCCCUGGAGGUACCGGGGUGUCUUGUGUGAGGUCACCGCCAGAUAGUUGAAAAGGGGAUGAUGUGUGGUCCGGUGAUCGGUCUUCAAGGGGCAUCUAGAUUGAUCCUACAUAAAAGGUCCACAAGCAUGUGUAUGAGACACUCUCCAAAGCUCAAAUUAGUGAGUGAUUUAAUGAAAUAGGUUUUUUUUCUAUUGGAGUAGUUGGCCUAGCAUAAAUGCAGUCAAUGGGUAUUUAUACUCGUGGUUCUGGGGCUCUCAACAUUAAUUGUGUAGUCAGGCGGUCUCCAUUUGUCUUGUCCGUCAUAGGACCGCCUUUGGCAGUAGUAAAUGCUUAGUCAUGCGUAUUUUGAAAUUCUCUCUGUCCGAGGAGGCUCUGUCUUCAAUGUAGGAGUCACUUCAUCGUACUGGUUUCCAGGGGUCAUGGUUGCCGUCUUUUUAGUCGGCCACCAGCCAAUCCUCUUAUGCAUCUUGUGGCUCGGCGAUUCUUUCUUGCUGUCUUCCCCUUGGUGGGCUUCGAUGGUCAUGGAUUGGGUGUUUGGUGCCCAAGUCGAGCUCCACAGUUGCCCUUCAGGCAGAAAAGUUGUGGGUUUUGGCGGCUAUGAUUAGGCUAUGUGUUGAGCGCCUUUAGUUCGGACAUGUUUCUACCUCUACCAUCUGGUCGACAACACUCAUAGUGUCCCGCAUAAAGGAUCUUGGUAUUAGACACGCCUAUUGAUGCUUGAGUUCCUUUGUCCUAUUUCUAUUUGGCUCGCAUACCAUCUCGAACUAGGCGCCCCCCCCCCACUCUGCAUGCGGUGAAUACUUUUUUGAACAUCCCGACAUCACCAUGUGUUAUUCUCGGGUUUCGAGAAUAGGAGGGAAACAUUGCAGUCACUCUAGUCUUUUAGCCUUCCCAUUGUCGCCUAUAAAUAUCUCGGGGGAAUUUCAAACGUCUCUCUACCCCUUUUAAAAUCCUUUAUGUUUUUCCUAUUUCUGUUUUGCUCGUGGGCCAUCUUAUAAGAGCAAGAAAAAAUCCUGAAAGGCUCGAAGAUGUCAAGCUCGUCGCAUUUUACUCCCUCAAUCAUACCAGGAGUGGUGGUGUUACUGUCGUUGUGUUGACUCCUCUAACUGGCAAUGGCUCUUGUGGACCUUCUAUCGGCUUAGUAGCAGCUACCAAAGGUAUGAUUGACCUUCUAUCUCCCUUAAGUGUUUCAGAUUACAAAUGGGAUUUCUCUAGUGUGGAGCUAUAUUUCAGAAGCGCUCUCCUUGGUUUGAGUAUAGGGUGCGUGGGCGAAUCUGAUCCUAAUCUUUUAGGGUUAGGCAAGGCUGGUUUGGGAGGAUGAGACGCCUUCGUAUUCAUUAGGGGGAACAUCAUCAUCGGUUGGAGAUUAUUUAGGGGAGUUUGAUGUGGACACCGCUGACGUUUUAGAAGGUGUUCCUGCUAUAGACUUAUCUUCGGAUAACAUAUCAUCGGAUAAUAGUGAGAAAGAAGAGAGAGGAGCUGAAGGAGGGAGAAGAGGAGCUAGAAGAGAGGAGCCAUCUUCCUCAACAACAAGUCUUCCCCAAUUUCUUCUAUGUAUCUUCUUCCAUGCUUUAUGGAGUAAUCCUUUAAGGUACUAAGGGUCUAAAGCCGAAACCCUAUUUCUAGGGUUACUAUGUAAUAAAUGGAUAUUUUAGGGUUUUAAAGAAUGAAUGUGUCUAUCUAGUCGAUUUCAUUGUUUCUCUAGUUUUGAUUGUGUUUGGGUAAGUCUCCCUAAUCUUCUCUCUACUAUCCUACUUGAGCUUCUACGCAGGGUAUGGAGUUUAGGUUAGACGGGUAUACGCCAUCAAGCAAGUUGAGGUUAGAUGUGUGAAUAGGAUCCUAUGGACUAUGGUGGAUGAGGCGAUCGUACCCCUGCCAUAUGAAUGCCUUCAUAAAUAGAACCCAUGAUAAAACCUCGGUAUGGAUAGUGGGUAGUACCCAUUAUAAUGAGUUAUGGUCUUAAUGCCCCGGAUAUGAUAGCCUAGAUCGAGGUGACUGACAUGGGUUUAUGGGAGGCAUACUCGGAGGCAUGUGGAUAACCACGAAAACCCACGAAAAAUAGCUUACUCACCACAUUCCACAAACCCUAUUUAUCUAGACAUUGCAUAGUAUACCUAGCCUAGGGUGAGCGAUAGUUCCCCGAAGUACCUGAUUUUAUCCUUAUUUGAUCUCCCUACUAGUUAGUACGCUUAAAUCCUCCACCACAAACCCUUAAACCAAUUGGUUAGAUAACAACAAUGUCGGAAGUAGGAUAGGGUACCGAGACCCGAGUAAAUACGAUCUUGAUUGCCACUAUAUGACAACGCCACUCUAGGUUAAACUUGGUCUAGGAUGGGGUAGUUAUUGAAGCGUGCUAACUCUUGACAAUGACUUGCACAGAUUGAAUCUAUCAAGCUUUUUGGCGUCGUUGUCGGGGAACCUUGGUAACUAGUAGAAAACCAUCGAGUUGUUAGUUUAGCCUUUAUUUUCUUUGUUUUGUUUGUGUUUGUGUUAUUUCCGUAGUUUUUCUCGUUUUGUGUUUUGUUAUCCAAAUUUGUGUGUCACGGUUUGUAGAGUUUUACGACUGAAUAGACUUUUCCUCAUGGA